AUGAAACCCGUCAUCGCCUUGGUGGGCAGACCCAAUGUGGGCAAGUCCACCCUAUUUAAUAAACUCACGCAAACACGAGAUGCCAUAGUCGCAGACUAUGCAGGCCUGACCAGAGACCGCCAUUACGGUAGUGGAAAACAUGGUAAACAAGAGUUUAUCGCGAUAGAUACCGGCGGCUUUGAGCCUAAGGCCGAAUCUGGCAUCUAUAAAGAAAUGGCCAAGCAGACUCGCCAGGCUGUCGCGGAGUCAGACGUGGUGAUCUUUAUGGUUGAUGCGCGCGAUGGCCUUUCGGCGCAAGACCACGACAUUGCACAAUAUUUGCGCAAAUUGGGUAAACCCGUGCUAUUGGCGGCCAAUAAAGCCGAGGGCAUGAAAGCCAGUGCGCAGUUGGCAGAUUUUUACGAGCUAGGUUUAGGUCAGGUUCACCCCAUAUCCGCAGCCCACGGACAAGGGGUGGGAGAUUUGCUAGAUAUGGCGCUGGAGCCCUUAAAUCUUCCCGACAUAGAAGAUACUCUGGAAGAAAAGCCAGACGUCAUUAAACUCGCAGUGGCUGGGCGCCCCAACGCCGGCAAAUCUACGCUCAUCAACACAUGGCUGGGCGAAGAGCGCUUGGUCGCUUUUGAUUUGCCAGGAACUACACGCGAUGCUAUCAGCGUAGAGUUUGAGCGUAAAGGGCAGAAAUAUGAAAUUAUUGACACUGCUGGGCUACGCAAAAAGGGCAAAGUUUUUGAAGCCAUAGAGAAAUUCUCCGUGGUGAAAACCUUGCAGGCUAUAGAGGAUGCCAACGUGGUUGUGUUGUUGAUAGAUGCAACCCAAGGAGUUACAGACCAAGAUGCGCACAUUGCAGGGUUUAUAUUGGAAGCAGGCCGCGCGGUGGUUGUGGCCGUGAAUAAAUGGGAUGCUAUUGAUGAUUAUCAGCGAGAAAUAUUGCGUCGCUCCAUAGAAAUGCGCUUGGUAUUUCUCAAAUUUGCUGAUAUACACUAUAUUUCUGCCAAAAAACGCCAAGGCUUAGGGCCACUGUGGACGUCUAUCAAUAAAGCCUAUACAUCGGCCUACUGCAAAAUGUCUACCCCUAAACUCACCAGGCUUAUUCAAGAAGCCGUACAGUUCCAAGCGCCCAAGCGCCACGGUAUGUACCGCCCAAAACUGCGCUAUGCCCACCAAGGCGGAACCAAUCCGCCAGUGGUGGUGGUACAUGGAAACUCCCUAGAAGGCGUAACAGAUGCUUAUAAACGCUACCUGGAUGGCCGUAUCCGCAAAGCCUUUGACCUCAAAGGAACGCCAUUGCGUGUGGAGAUGAAAACCAGCCAUAAUCCCUAUAGCAGCAAAUCGAAAGCCUAG